AUGGCAGAGAAGGAAGGAGGGAUUGUGAAGAAAGGCCAUGAAGAGGGAAUGAAAAUGGCAAUAGGUCUUCUGGAAGAAUUUGGGCUCCCAAUGGGACUUCUCCCUCUUGUUGAUGUUGUCCAUGUUGGUUUCGUAAGGAGUACGGGUUACAUGUGGAUUGUGCAGAAAAAGAAAGUGGAACACAAUUUUAAGAUGAUCAGCAAACUGGUGAGCUACGACACUGAAAUCACUGGUUAUGUUGAGCAGAAGCGUAUCAAGAAGCUCAAGGGAGUUAAGGCGAAAGAGUUCAUGUUAUGGCCUCCGGUGAAUGAGAUCAUAUUGGAUGAUCCACCCACAGGCAAAAUUCACUUCAAGAGCCUGGCUGGUGUAACAAAGACCUUUCCCGUUGACGCAUUGCUGCCGGCCAGUAAAAUGCACUGUUUUCUUCUUUGGGAGCCACCAGAUUACACUAACCCUGCCCUGCCCUGCAGCUGCUAUGGGCCUGCUGAGAAUUCUAUCAAGGAAUCUUACUGUGAUGGAAUCUGCAUGAUUUUGAUGGAUAACCUCAUUCAAAUUCUGGAGGCUUUCUCUGGACCAAUCAAUUGA